UACCUUUGACACUGAACCCCCACUGCGAGAGCUGUUCUAGCUUCUCUUCCUUUUCUCCUCAUCUUACGAUUAGCAGAAUUGAGUAGUACUUGCAGCGCCCUUGUGCCUCGCCUACGCAUUGUUCGUCUUUCACAGACAGAUAAACAGCUGGCCGAGGUGAAUGCCAAGCUAGGAGCAUUCGGUAUGGCGAAGCAGUUGGAGGAUGAAACGGAAGCCGACCGAGUUGGUGCGAUCAGCCAGGUGGCAGUCGAACAGACUGCCUUGGGUGAAUCGCGCAAAUUGUUCGAAGAACUGCUCUCAGGCAUCUAUACCGCAGCCGCGAAUGCCUGGAAAGACCAGGCUCAGGUGGUCAACAACUUCGGGGCCAGAAUGAAGGCAUGUACAGAUCCGUAGAUUGGAGUGAGCUAUGGGGCGAUUGGUGGAAUCACAUUUGGCAUAAAGAAAGGGAUUGUAGCACUGGUCAGCAGCAGUCGACGCCGGUCUCGGAGGCAGGUGAUUAAAUAUGUUGCUGCCUAAAAUAACGAAA